AUAAACAAUCUCUCAGUUUUAUCUGUACAACACCAUCUUGUAAUCAAUGGCAUCUUCAUUAAAGCUUCUCUUCUUACUAACCGUCACAUAUUCUUUCAUCUUUAGCGACACUCUAGCAGCUGAUUCCAAUGAUCUCAAGACAUAUAUUGUCUACAUGGGUGACCUUCCAAAGACUCAUUUCUCUGUGGCUUCACUUCACUCUAACAUGCUACAAGAAGUUACCGGCAGCCGGGCAGAAAAAUCUUUACUUUGGAGCUACAAGAGGAGCUUUAAUGGCUUUGCUGCCAAGCUAACAGAAGAUGAGAAAAACAAGAUAGCUCAAAUGGAGGGUGUGGUGUCAGUAUUCCCCAGCCAACUAAAGCAACUACAUACCACAAGGUCAUGGGACUUCUUGGGCUUCCCUCAAGAUGUCAAAAGAGCACCUCUUGAAAGCGACGUCAUCGUAGGCAUGCUAGACACCGGUGUCUGGCCAGAAUCCGACAGUUUCAAGGAUGACGGAUUCGGUCCUCCACCAUCCAAAUGGAAGGGAUCAUGCAAAUCCGCCAACUUCACUUGCAACAACAAACUUAUCGGAGCAAAAUUCUACAACAGCGAGGCAAGUAAAGCCCAAGGCAAAGAGAUGUCAGCAAGAGACACCGAGGGCCAUGGCACACACACUGCAUCCACCGUGGCUGGACGCACUGUUAAAAAUGCAAGCAUGUUAGGUCUAGCAAACGGGACGGCUAGAGGUGGUGUUCCAUCAGCGCGCAUAGCCGUGUAUAAGAUCUGUAACCCGGGGGGUUGUUCAGAUGUUGACAUCUUGGCGGCUUUUGACGAUGCAAUUGCUGAUGGAGUUGAUAUCAUUUCUCUUUCAGUAGGAGGUUCUUUCCCUUUGGAUUACUUUCAGGAUUCUAUCGCCAUUGGAGCUUUCCAUUCCAUGAAGAAUGGGAUUCUUACAUCGAAUUCAGCUGGAAAUAGUGGCCCUAGUCGUGGAUCGAUUUCCAAUCUUUCACCUUGGUCAUUAUCGGUUGCUGCUAGCAGCAUUGAUAGGAAGUUUCUAGCUCAAGUUGUGUUGGGUAACAAUAUGACUUACGAGGGACCAGCAUUAAACACUUUCGAAGGUGCGAUUCAUCCGAUGGUUUAUGGUGCAUCAGUGCCUAAUACAGGCGAAGGAUCAACAUCAGCUGAGUCUAGAUACUGCCAACCUGAUUCCUUGGACCCAACUUUGGUAAAAAAUAAAAUUGUUGUAUGCGAGAGCUUAAAUGCACCGGAGAAUACGUUACAAUCAGGUGCAAGUGGUGUAGUUGUUAUAGGUGAUUUCGGCUAUGAAGAUGUGGCAUUUGCUUACCCUUUACCAACAACAUAUUUGAGCAGCAAAGAUGGUAAUGCGGUUCUAAGUUACAUAAACUCGACCACAACACCAACUGCAAGCAUCCUAAAGAGUCAUGAACCUCUAGACAAAGCAGCACCAAUAGUUGUUUCCUUCUCAUCAAGAGGCCCAAACCAAAUUACUCAUGACAUUCUCAAGCCUGAUUUAACCGCACCUGGAGUGGACAUUUUAGCCGCCUGGACGACAAGUAAAACCGUCACCGGCGAAGAGGGAGACACACGUGUUGUUCCGUUCAAUAUUAUCUCUGGAACAUCUAUGUCGUGCCCGCAUGCCACUAGUGUUGCUGCUUAUGUUAAAUCAUUCCACCCUACUUGGUCCCCUGCUGCUAUAAAGUCGGCCCUUAUGACUACUGCUAUGCCAAUGAGUUCGACCAAAAACACUGACGCUGAAUUUGCGUAUGGUUCGGGCCAUAUUAACCCAUCAAAGGCAGUUGACCCAGGUCUGGUCUAUGAUGCCGGGGAACAAGAUUUCGUGUCAUUUUUAUGUGGGCAAGGUUACAACGCUACCAAUUUGAAAAUCGUCACUGGUGAUUCUAGUGCUUGCACUGCCGCCAAUAAUGCAACUGUUUGGAACCUAAACUAUCCAUCAUUUGCGCUCUCGGCUCAACAAUCGGGUAGCAUAAGCCGAACCUUUAACAGGACGGUUACCAAUGUAGGUGCAGCAAAUUCUACAUACCGGGCUAAUGUGGUUGCACCAUCUGGGCUGGUUGUGAAGGUUAACCCGAGCAGUCUUGCGUUUAAAGCAGUGGGGGAGAAGCAAUCUUUUGUGGUGACAGUGGAUGCCACACUUGGGUCAAAGAUGCUAUCAGGUUCAUUGGUUUGGAGUGAUGGAGUUCACAACGUUACCAGCCCGAUUGUUGCGUUUCCUACUCAAAGUAAUAUCGUUUCAUUGCUUCCUUCUGAUCAGAUAAUUAGCUCCAUUUGACAUAGUCUAAACUGUAAAGUUUUAAAUCUAGAACUUUAUAUUAUUAUGGUAUUCCCAACUGCCAUCUCUUCUAAGGGGUUGCAAUGGUUGGUGCUACCGAUUGGAAACACAUAUAUAUAUGAUUGUAAUGUAAUCUGAUUGUGUAUGUACAUGUGUUGUAUAAGAUAUAAUCAAUAUAUACAAAAGUGUUCUAUCCA